AUGGCCGAUAACGUACCUGCUUCGACCUCCACCCUCCCACCUCCUCCGCAAACUUCUGCUGCCGCCUCAGGUCAGCAGUACGAUGCGUCUCAGGGCAAUGGUCAGGGCAAUCCUUCCCACAUGCCGCCACCGCCUCGCCCCCCCGUCGUGAUUCCACAGAACACCAAUCCGAUCCCGACGGCGAUCACUUCUCCAAUGUCUGGAAACAUGAUGUCCCCGACCAGCGCGGGUGGAUAUGUUCGUCGGGCUGCCCCAGAACCAAACAAGAGAGCCCUCUACGUUGGUGGCCUUGACCAGAGGGUAACUGAGGAUAUUUUGAAGCAAAUUUUCGAGACUACUGGCCAUGUCAUUAGCGUGAAGAUCAUCCCGGAUAAAAACAAGUUUAACAGCAAAGGAUACAACUACGGUUUUGUGGAGUUCGAUGAUCCCGGUGCCGCUGAAAGGGCCAUGCAGACUCUGAACGGGCGCCGAAUCCACCAGUCGGAGAUCCGUGUCAACUGGGCCUACCAGUCUACCACUACGACCAAGGAGGAUACUUCGGGCCACUUCCAUAUUUUCGUCGGCGAUUUGAGCAAUGAGGUCAACGAUGAGAUUUUGCAGCAGGCCUUCUCUGCUUUUGGCUCAGUUUCCGAAGCCCGGGUCAUGUGGGACAUGAAAACUGGCCGCUCUCGUGGCUAUGGCUUUGUUGCUUUCCGUGACCGUACAGAUGCCGAGAAAGCUUUAACCUCCAUGGAUGGCGAAUGGCUUGGCUCUCGUGCGAUCCGCUGCAACUGGGCGAACCAGAAAGGACAGCCUUCGAUUUCUCAGCAGCAAGCAAUGGCGGCCAUGGGAAUGACGCCUACCACCCCUUUCGGUCAUCAUCAUUUUCCCACCCAUGGUAUCCAGAGCUACGACAUGGUUGUUCAACAGACCCCGCAGUGGCAGACCACGUGCUACGUGGGCAACUUAACCCCUUACACUACGCAGAACGAUCUUGUCCCACUCUUCCAGAAUUUUGGGUAUGUUCUGGAGACUCGCCUCCAGGCAGAUCGUGGCUUUGCUUUCAUCAAGAUGGAUACCCACGAAAACGCUGCCAUGGCCAUCUGCCAGCUCAAUGGGUACAACGUCAAUGGGCGUCCCCUGAAGUGCAGUUGGGGUAAAGAUCGUCCUCCGACUGGCCAGUUUGACAACUUCUCCGGCCAGCAGGGUAACGCUCCUCCCGCCUUCAACAAUAGCCCGGCGCCUUAUUUCCCUCAGUACGGCGGCCCAGGGGGUCCCAUGAAUCCUCAAGGUCCAAACCCAGCUGGAAGGGGUUGGGACCAGCCCGGAAUGGCCGGUCAGGGCUACGGCCAGGUUCCCGGAAACACUGGCUACGGCCGUGGACAGGCUACCCCUAAUUCUGGCUGGAACCAGGGAAACAAUGCGAAUUUCGGCAACGGGUUCGGUGGCUACCAAGCGUAA